UGUAAUUCAUGUAUUCAUUGUGUGUACAUAGAUGCCUCGUGGCAAGUCCCACCGUCGCUCCGAGGCAGCCAGGAGGAGGAUGGCGGAGUGUCGGACUGAGGUUCUCGGACCUCAGUCAGCCUCCAGUGAUACUAGUCACAAGUUGGUCAUUCCUGCUGAGGUCCCAGACAAGAAGUUUGUUCUUGUUGUUGGGGCAUCCCAUCUGCGCUCCCUUGCAGAUGGGAUUGUGCCGAUGCCAGAAGAUCGCUACAGCUUUGACUUCAUGUCGACUCCAGGGGCGUACGCGGACCACCUUAGGACUGAAGUUGUUCACGCUGUUCUUCCUCGGACCCCUGAUGCUGUUUGUCUCAUUGCCCCUGGAAACAACCUGACGGCCUGCACCACGCCCGAGCACGGGGGCGCAGCUUUUCACUGCUACCUGGUGACUGUCUGCAACAGCUGGCCGACUGCACAGGUUUUCGUUGUGGACCGCGUCCCACGCUUGACGGUCCCGGGGGAUGUUCAAGAGUUUUUCCGUCAGGAAUUUCACCGCGUGUCAGCUCGCCUUGGUAUGUUUGAAAUUAAUGAUGAUGCUGUUCUAAACACUUGUAUGGUGGCUUAUGAGAAUUAUAUUUUAAAUAUAAUUGAUAUAUUAUUAGACCCAUUAUGGUUUUCUAAUAAGAAAGUUGACAUUGCCUUUUUGAAAGGUGUUAAGUACUAUCACCACGCUGGCCGCUUCCCCCUGAACAACCGGAAGCUGUGGUGCCAUGAUGGUGUGCACCUCAGUGAUGACAAGGGGAUGCUCCUCCUCGUGGACUCACUGUUGGCUGCCACCACCCACCACCUGGAGACACUGGCACCUACACGACAGCUGUCGCGCCCAGUGUCUCCCACGCCUAAACCCAGGCCUCGGCCACGGGUUGUACCACGUGUGGUUGUGGUCGGGGAGGUCCCUGUUCCACGUCCCCCCCUCCCUGAGUGGACAUCUGUGGAGCCAGGCAGGAAGUUGGCUGUCCACUCCAGUGACCAUGAGCGUGGCUCUGGUUCACCCCAGAAGAGGGUGGUUCAUCAUGUGGUGGAUGGCGCUCCAGUGGCCGUGAGGGAGUGUUUCAUUCCAGUGAAUCCUGUCCAGUUUUCACCGGCUGUGUUGGCUGCCGUGGACAAGGUUGUUCCAUCGGCUCUUGGCGGCGUUCCCACAGGCAAUGAGGUAAUUAACCUGAAAGUUACUUCUGAUUGAUUACAUAUUAGUAAAUUUGCUUUCCUUUCUUUACACUUGGAAUAAUACAAUAAUGUUUCUCUAUAAGGGGU